AUGACAUCUAUACAAAAGGUUAAUCAACCUUCACAACCUAUUGAACCUCCAAAAAAGGAAAAUACUUUGCAAGGUACACCUCAUCAAGGUACUAAACCACCUUAUGAAAUUGAUAAACCAAAAAAAGUUUAUGCUGAAAAAUUACAAGAUUCUCCUAUGAAUGCUUGUAAUGAAAUAAAUUAUGUUGUAAUGAUUGAUGCUGGUUCAACAGGCUCAAGAGUUCAUGUAUAUAAGUUUGAUUCAUGUAAUCAACCUCCACAAUUAUUGGAAGAAACUUUUGAAAUGAAAAAACCUGGUUUGUCUUCAUUUGAUACAGAUACCGUCGGUGCUGCUAAAUCAUUAGAUUCAUUAUUAGAAAAAGCUUUAGAAGUUGUACCAAAAGAUAAACAAAGUUGUACGCCCGUUGCUGUAAAAGCUACUGCUGGUUUAAGAUUACUCGGAGAAACUAAAUCAAAAGCUAUAUUAGAAGAAGUUAGAAAUCAUUUAGAUAAAAAUUAUCCAUUUCCAGUUGAAGAUAUAUCAAUUAUGGAUGGUAAAGAUGAAGGAGUUUUUGCUUGGGUUACAGCAAAUUAUCUUUUAGGUAAUAUUGGAAAUAAAGAAAAAUUACCAACUGCUGCAGUAUUUGAUUUAGGUGGUGGUUCUACUCAAAUUGUUUUUGAACCGGAAUAUAAAGAUGAACCAAUUGUAGAUGGUGAAACUAAAUACGAAUUUAAAUUUGGUGAUCAUUUAUUUACAUUAUAUCAAUAUAGUCAUUUAGGUUAUGGUUUAAUGCAAGGUAGAAAUAAAAUUAAUAGUAUAAUUGUUAAAAAUAAAAUUGAUCAAUUUACAAAAAAAUAUUCAUCAAAGCAAGAACUUCCAGAAAAUGCAGAAGUUGAAAUUAUAAAUCCAUGUAUUCCACCAGGAAUAGUUGCUAAAAAUGUUCAAGUUGAAGUAGACGGUGAAUGGUAUAUUGUAAAUAUGAAAGGAUCUUCAACACCUGUUGGAUUUCAAUGUAGAAAAAUCGCAGAAGAAAUUUUGAAUAAAGAUCAAGCAUGUGAAGCUAAACCAUGUUCAUUUAAUGGUAUUCAUCAACCUUCAUUAAAAAAAGCAUUUAAUAAAAAUUCAGAUAUGUAUAUAUUUUCAUAUUUUUAUGAUCGAACAAAUCCAAUUGGUAUGCCAUCAUCAUUUACAAUUGAAGAAUUAAAAGAUUUAACAAGAGUUAUAUGUGAGGGAGAAACAUUAUGGAAGGAUGUAUUAUUUGAUGACCAUAUAAAAUCAUUAAAUGAAGAACCACAAUGGUGUUUAGAUUUAUCAUUUAUAACUGCGAUGUUACAUACUGGAUACGAUAUACCAUUAAAUAGAGAAUUAAAAACAGCAAAGACAAUAGAUAAUAAUGAAUUAGGAUGGUGUUUAGGAGCAUCCUUACCAUUAUUAGAUAAAAAGACAUGGAAAUGUAAAGAAUAG